AUGGAGUAUGCAAGUGAAGGAAAUUUAAAAGAUUAUAAAAAUUUUCAAACUCAUAAAUGGUCCGAUAAAUUUGUAUUACUCGUCGAUAUUACCUGUUGCUUACGUAAACUGCAUGAAAAAGGUUAUGUGCAACCUAAAAUUAAAGAAAUUAAUGAACUUUUAGAUCAUUGGAAUCUUAUUCUGAAUUAUGGUCCGAAAUAUCCUGAAUAUAAGCGUGGAGGAUAUGCUUCUUUAGAUGAUAAUCCUUUUAAAUAUUACAAGGUUGAAGAUGCUCACGAUGCGCGCUUGAAUGCAAUUGAAGAAAGGAGAAUAGCUGAAAAUAAGUUUUCUCAUUAUGGUUCGGAAUUUGAAGAAUAUAAAACAAAAACCGCUGAGUUAAGUGUCGGAAAAAAUGGUAUAGAUCUAAGAUGUGGUUAUGAAAUUGCAUUAGUUAUCAGAAUAAUUAUGCUUAAUUUAGAAAU